AUGCCGGAACAGAGCAACGAUUACAGGGUGGUUGUAUUCGGAGCCGGCGGUGUUGGUAAAAGCUCGUUGGUGUUGAGAUUCGUCAAAGGGACAUUCCGCGAGAGCUACAUACCUACCAUCGAAGACACAUAUCGACAAGUGAUAAGUUGCAACAAGAACAUCUGCACUCUUCAAAUAACGGACACCACGGGUUCCCAUCAGUUCCCGGCCAUGCAGCGGCUUUCCAUAAGCAAAGGGCAUGCUUUCAUUUUGGUGUAUUCGGUCUGUAGCCGCCAAUCCCUGGAAGAGCUGCGGCCGAUAUUUGAUGUCAUUAAGGAACUAAAAGGUCCAGAUACCAGCCAAAUUCCCAUCAUGUUGACUGGCAACAAAUGCGACGAAAGCGCCGAGCUAAGAGAGGUGAGCACUUCGGAGGGACAAGCGCAGGCCGCCGAAUGGGGCGUCAGUUUCAUGGAGACGUCUGCAAAGACCAAUCACAACGUGAAGCAGCUGUUCCAGGAGUUGUUGAAUUUGGAAAAAUCCAGAAACGUGAGUCUCCAAAUAGGGGGCAAAGCGAACAGCAGAGUGGCCAAAGAUAAGUGCGAAGUCAUGUAA